CGAGGAACAUGGAGAAGUGUGAUAAGACGGAGGAUUCUUCGUCUGCGAACGCUGGGCAGGGAUCAGAUGUGUCUAACCUCAAUGAUGUGAUAGUGCAGUUGAAGAGUGAAGGCAAUAAGUGCUUCCGGGAGGGCAACUACGAGGACUCCCUUGUACUGUACAGUGCCGGCGCGAAGAUCUGUCCGCUGGAGUACGUAGAGCAGCGAGCGGUGUUCUUCGCCAACAGAGCAGCCACAAAUCUCAAGCUUGAGGACUUUUCCCGCGUUGUUGACGACUGCACAGUGGCGUUGCUGCUGAAGCCCGACUAUCUGAAGGUUCUCCAGAGGCGGGCAACCACGCUGGAGAAGCUCGACAAGUUCGACGAGAGCCUCGAGGACUACCAGAAAAUCCUUUCAAUAGAACCGAGCAAUGCCGAAGCACGUCUGGCCGUGGACAGACUCACUGAACUAGUGCAGGAGCGCAACGAAAAACUGAAGGAGGAGAUGCUGGACAAGCUCAAGGACGUGGGCAAUCUCAUCCUGAAGCCCUUCGGCCUCUCCACCAACAACUUCCGCAUGGUGAAGGACGAGAAGAGUGGCUCGUAUUCCAUCAACUUCGUCAACAGCUCAUAACAUUGCGCGCGCUCUU